UUCAGCUUGAGGGGGGAUGUUAGACAAUAAUAAUAGUAUUACUUGUGGUAGUAUUGGUUGUGGUAGUGUUUCAUUAUUAGUCAGCUUCCUAAUCCUAUUUGUGGUAGAUGUUGUAUGUUAGUUAGUUUCUAUUCUAUAUUCCUAGUUGUGGAGAUAGAGCAUAAACGCAAGAGUUUGCACAAAAAAACGUUCAUUAGGGAGUAACCGUUUAGACCAAGCACGUUAGUCCGGAAUUCAAAUUUCAAAAAACAUAAAAGAAAAAAAAAGAGGGAAGCACGUGCCAAUCCAUAACCCAAACUCCCAUGUCCAAAACCCUCGAAAUUUCGAUUCAAAAUUCGCCACCGGAGGAGGAAGAUCGAUCGGAAAUCCCCUUCUUAAGAGAGAGAGAGAGAGGAAGAAGAAGGAGAAGAUCGAGAAAUCGAGAGCGAGAGAGAGAGAGAGAGGGGAAGAAGAAGGAGAAGAUCGAGAAAUCAGAGAGAAAUGGAGAAGUACGAGAAGCUGGAGAAGGUCGGCGAAGGAACAUACGGGAAGGUGUACAAGGCGAAGGACAAGGCGACGGGACAGCUGGUGGCUCUGAAGAAGACGCGGCUGGAGAUGGACGAAGAAGGCAUCCCGCCCACCGCUCUCCGGGAGGUUUCCCUUCUCCAGAUGCUCUCCCACUCUCUCUACGUUGUCCGCCUCCUCUGCGUCGAGCAUGUCGACAAGAACGGCAAGCCUCUCCUCUACCUAGUUUUCGAGUAUCUGGACACUGAUCUCAAAAAGUACAUCGAUUCCCAUCGCAAAGGCCCCAAUCCCAGGCCCCUUCCUCCUUCCCUCAUCCAGAGCUUCCUCUACCAGUUGUGCAAGGGUGUCGCCCACUGCCACAGCCAUGGUGUUCUUCAUAGAGAUCUUAAGCCCCAGAACCUUUUGGUUGACAAGGAGAAGGGAAUACUCAAGAUUGCCGAUCUUGGCCUUGGUAGGGCAUUCACAGUGCCCCUCAAGAGCUACACUCACGAGAUUGUGACUUUAUGGUACAGAGCCCCAGAAGUGCUCUUGGGAUCCACUCAUUACUCAACUGCUGUUGAUAUGUGGUCUGUUGGUUGUAUUUUCGCUGAAAUGGCAAGGAGGCAAGCAUUGUUCCCUGGGGAUUCUGAAUUUCAGCAACUGCUUCACAUAUUCAGGAUGCUAGGAACACCAACAGAGAAGCAAUGGCCUGGAGUGAGCUCUCUUAAGGAUUGGCACGUCUACCCACAAUGGGAACCUCAAGUCUUGGCUCGUGCCGUUCCAGCUUUGUGCCCGGACGGUGUUGAUCUUCUAUCGAAAAUGCUGAAAUACGAUCCAGCUGAUCGCAUUUCAGCGAAGGCUGCUCUUGAUCAUCCCUACUUUGACAGUUUGGACAAGUCGCAGUUCUGAAGCUCCCCAUUCUGUGUGUAACCAAAAGGAUGUCAUCAUCUUGGUGAAUACAAUCUUCUUUCAUUUGACCUUUCCUGUUUGGUUUGUAGUAAGUCUAGCAAGUGUUUCCAUUUCCGAAGUAAGCUAUACUAUUGAUUUGCCUUGACGCUUUAUUUUGAAUGUAUUCCUAAUAUUACUUUCUCCAAAAUUUCAAUGUCAACUCGUUUCACAUGAUGUGAUCAAUGAGUGUUUCAUGAUGAUUGCUCUUAUAUAGGCUCUAUAAUAUUAU